AUGUUUUUCCCUUGCAUGAAAGAUAGCGAAAGAAUGGGAGCAAAACGAUGGGGUAUCAUCGCUUUAGUAGAAAGGCUUGCGCUUUCCCAGGCUCACCUCAUUAUUUCUCAUGAAAGAUAUUGCAUAUCGAAAACACAAAUUUAUCGUCAGAUAUUAUCGCUUCGUGCUUGUAUUUUCGAUCUUCUUAUCCUCGACAAAAUGUUUAUUUUCUUAUCAUUUUCAUAUCUUUAUGCAUUCGCAAUUUAUCAAAAUGAAAUGAGCGUCAAACGUCUUUGCAAGUGGCCAAUGACACUGACGGAAAUUUAUGACGCUCAUGGUGAACAUGCCAAAGGAAAAAAUGUUGAGAAGUUGAAAAGUUUAAUUGUGAUUCCGAUAAAACGACUCAUGAGGGAAUUAUAA